AUGCUAAAACCAAAAAAACAUCAUAUUAAUAAGGAUCGUUCAAAAGCUAUUCAUACUGAUACUAAAACUAGAAAUUUAGUUGAAUGCAAAUGUACAUUACAUUGUCAUGGUAGUAGAUGGAUAGAUCUUAGAACAUUUGACAGACAUCAACAAGAAAUAGAACGAUUUCGAUACAUUACUUCUGGACAGCUUGAACAAAAUCACAGUUCAUAUGAAGAUACACCUAGUGAUGAUGAACCAACUCCAACCGUUCUAACAGAUCAAAAUUUAAUCGAUGUACUAAAUAAACAAAAAUGUUACGUGACAAAAUAUAAUAUUCUUGAUCAUGAUGAUCCAGAAAUUAUUUCAGAUCUAUCAGACGAUAGGGAAGAUUAUGAAAUUCUGAUUAAUGAUGAAGAGUCCUCUAUAGAGGAAGAUGAUCAUGCUUUGAGUGAAGACAGUGAAGACAAUAUUCCGUUUGAGUAA